AUGGCUGGGCACAAGAUUGCACAUGCAACCUUGAAAGGACCAAGUGUGGUGAAGGAGUUAGUUAUCGGUCUUGCACUCGGCCUAGCGGCUGGUGGGCUAUGGAAGAUGCACCACUGGAACGAGCAGAGGAAGACGAGAGCAUUCUAUGAUUUGCUUGAGAAGGACGAGAUUAGUGUUGUUGUUGCAGAGUACUAGUAUUGGUAGUAGAGAUAGAGAUCUUCUCCUCCAACGUUUGAAUAUUUUUGAUGAUGACGAUCACCUUCAAACGCUUUGUUAUUAGUUUCGAAACCUAUCAUGAUUAAUAUAUAUAUAUGAUGAUGCUUUCUAGUCA